UUUAAUCUGUACAAAGAAGUGGAAGUCUUUGAGCAAAGACCACUAGUGAAUCUCGGAGAGAGGUGAGGACUGAAAGACAGGCAUGCUUCUCUCCUAGGACUGAACUUGAGCCAGCUGAACUGAAGGAGUGUGAGAAUACACAUUCCCAGAAGAAUCUCUUCACACCAGUCCAGACCACUCUAGCUGAAUCCAUUCUUUAUAGUGCAAUAUUCCUCUGUGAGGUCUACCAACAGGAAGGAGAGACACUUCAGAGGCCUUCCCUUAGAGGUAGGGUUGGAAGGAGUAGGAAAAGCCCUUGGAUCGUCCAUCCUGGACAAUAUCACGGAACUGUUACCAAGAAGAGCAGGAAAAGAGGAUAAACAAGAACCAGGUUCACUUCAGCACCCAGAAGAGCAAUUGGAGGAGUUCCUGAGGAGAAUGGAGUACCUUUACUUAGGCUUAGGAAACCCACUGUUUCCAGAGCAGCCUCUGUGGUGUGUGGAUACAAAGGCCUUUCUGGUCUCCUUUGAGCAAGAGGCUGAAGCUCAACACUGGCCCAAGGAAGAGUGGGUGACCCAACUACUGCCAGCCCUUGGAAAAGAAGCCAAGCUGGCCUUCAGCAGGCUGAGGGCCAGAGACAAAAAAGACUAUGGGAAAGUCAAGGCAGCCAUCUUGGGAUGGGAUGCCAUGUGGCGGGAGAAGCAGCGCCAGCAAUUCCGGUCUUUCUCCUACCCGGAGCGUGAGGGACCAAGAGCAGCCUACCACAGACUCAAAGACCUCUGCUGUCGGUGGCUGAAGAUGGAGACAUGCACCAAGGAGCAAAUCCUGGACUUGCUGGUCCUAGAGCAGUUCAUUAACAUCCUGCCACUGAAUAUCCAUCGCUGGAUUGCAAAAUUUGCACCAGGCAGCUGUUCUGAUGCAGUGGCCUUGGCAGAGGAUUUCCUGCUGAAACAAGAGGUCUGUAGGCAGAAAAAACAGGUGGCUGUGGAGGGAGCUGCAAUUUCCUCCCAGGCAGCACAGGUACCUUCUGACCUCCAGCAACAGCAGCUGUGGGCAGAAACCAAGCAGAAGGAUGACAACCAGGAAGCCAGCCUCCUAGCAGUUAAUGACUGGAAAAGUGAGAAUAAGGAGCCUCUGACUGGGAUAUUUUUGGCACAAGCACCAUUUGAGGGCACACAAGAGAAACCUUUGUGUCCUUAUAAAGUGUCCACAUGGCAGGAAGGAUACCGCACAGAGGAGGAGUGGGAUGCAGCCAUCCCUCCAGAGUAUAGAGUCUUCCUUGAAUACCCAAUCCAACAAGAAAUACAAAGAAAAGAUGGCCAAAACAAGGGCCUUAAUGUUCACUGGCAAAACCCCGCAGAGAAGAAACCAAAAGCACCCCACAGAAAGACCCCACAGAGCAGAAACCUAGAGCUAGGGAAGAGUUUCAGUCAGAAUACCGCUUCUGGCUCGGUCCAGAGAACUUACUCAAGGGAGAAACACUAUGAAUGUCUCGUAUGUAGAAAAAGCUUCCAUUGUCAACGCAGCCUUUCUAAUCACCGAAGAGUUCACACAGUGGGGAAACCUUAUGAAUGCUCUGUAUGUAGGAGGAGAUUAUGUCAAGCAUGUUACCUUAUUAAACAUCAGAGAACACAUACAGGGGACAAACCGCAUGGAACCUCCUGUGGUGGGGAGAGCACCUGUUUGACGUCGAGCACUGGAGACCCUCAAAGCUCCCAAACAGGGGAUGGGCUGGACAAAUGCUUGGAGUGUGGCAAGAGCCUUGGUGACAGAUCAAGCAGUGAGGCACACAAGAGGAGGAAUGCAGCAGAAGAUGCCAAAUAGCUACUCAGAGGGUGGAAAGAGCUUCAGUCGGAGCAUGUGUGCGCACACACACACUUAAUUUUACAUCAAAUUUCAUGCGAGGACCAAAUUCCCAUUUCAACUUUUGAAUGCAAUUUGACCACCUUAGUUAUAGUCGCACGUUCAGUUGCACCUUGAGAAUAAGAAUUGCUUCAAGUGUAGAGUGGAACAGUAGCUGUGGCUGCUUUUUAGAUACACAAUUCCUUUGGUAACUUUGAUCAUGUAAGUUCUGGAAUGUGUCGUGUCCCUCCCCCCACCCCCCACUGCUGAAUCACUAAUAAAGUUGUAUGUUUUUAUUUGCAUGUA